AUGAGCAUCAAGUUCAAUGUGAAUGGCUUUCCGUACGAGGUGCAGGCGGCUGACUAUGCUCCAGACACCACCCUCAACACCUUUCUACGGGAACACCUGCAUCUGACGGCCACCAAGUACAUGUGCUUGGAGGGGGGCUGUGGCUCCUGUGUCUGUGUCAUUCGCAAGCGACACCCAGUCACCCAGGAGGUUCAAUCUCGGGCAGCCAACUCGUGCCUAACACUUUUGAACACUUGUGACGAUGUGGAGAUCAUGACGGAUGAGGGAUUGGGCAACCAGCUGAGUGGGUACCAUCCCAUUCAGAAGCGGCUGGCCCAGUUGAAUGGCACCCAAUGUGGCUACUGUUCCCCAGGAUUUGUAAUGAACAUGUACGGUUUUCUAGAGCAGUAUCGCGGACAGGUGAGCAUGUCUCAGGUGGAGGAUGCCUUCGGCGGAAACCUUUGUCGCUGUACCGGCUAUCGACCUAUUCUGGAUGCCAUGAAGUCAUUCGCGGUGGAUAGUAAUAUAGAGGUGCCCCCUGAAUGUGUGGACAUUGAAGACUCCUUCGAGCUGCUUUGUCCGCGGACUGGACAAUCCUGCAAGGGCAGCUGCUCGAGACCACCUCUGAGGGAUCAAGAUGGCAGUCACUGGUACUGGCCGAAGUCGAUGGCGGAGCUGUUCUCAGCCCUGAGCCAGGUGGCAAGUGGUGAUCUCUACAUGCUUGUGGCAGGGAACACAGCCCAUGGAGUUUACCGACGACCCAGAGAUAUCCGACACUUUAUCGACGUGACAAUGGUGCCAGAGUUGAGGCAGUAUAGCAUCGAGGCGGAUCACCUUCUGCUGGGUGGAAACGUAACUCUCACGGAUGCCAUGCAGGUUUUCCUGCUGGCCGCCAAGAGGCCUGGAUUCGAGUAUUGUGCCCAGUUGUGGCAGCAUUUCAACUUGAUUGCUAAUGUUCCAGUGCGAAAUAAUGGCACCCUGGCAGGUAACAUUACCAUCAAGAAGCAGCACUUUGAGUUUCCCUCCGAUGUGUUCAUCACAUUUGAGGCAUUGGAUGUCCAUGUCGUGGUUUAUGACAAUCCUAGUAGCCAAAGGGUGAUGAACCUGCUGUCGUAUCUCAGCGAUACAACCUCCAAGUUGGUACUGGGUGGUUUUAUCCUGAAAGCCUAUCCGAAGGACAGAUACCUCUUUAGGUCUUAUAAGAUCUUGCCAAGAGCCCAGAAUGUUCACGCCUAUGUAAAUGCGGGAUUCCUCAUCGAAUGGCAGGAUAUUCAGCGCAGGAUUGUGAAUUCAGCACGCAUUUGUUUCGGAAACAUCAGACCAGAUUAUAUUCAUGAUGAGCUAGUGGAGAGUUUCCUCCCUGGCAGGGAUCUCUAUGACCCAGCUACAGUUGCACAGAUCUUUCAGCAGCUACCAGCAAGCCUCCAACCCGAGGAGCGGCCCCCAGAAGCCUCUCCAGAAUAUCGUCAAAUGCUGGCCUGCUCCUUGCUCUAUAAGUUCCUCCUAGCCACCGCACCAAGGGAGCGAGUUCGGGAGCGUUAUCGCACAGGAGGUUUGCUUUUGGAGAGACCCCUUUCUUCAGGAAGUCAAUCCUUCGAGACGAUUAAGAAGAACUAUCCGGUCACGCAACCAGUACAGAAGCUAGAAGGACUCAUACAAUGCUCUGGCGAGGCCACAUAUAUGAACGAUCUGCUGACCACCUCGAAUGCGGUUCAUUGUGCCUUUGUGACCGCCAAGAGAGUCGGUGCUACCAUCGAGCAGAUCGACGCUUCUGCAGCCCUUCAGUGCAAGGGAGUGGUGGCCUUCUAUUCAGCCAAGGAUAUACCAGGAUCCAACAACUUUGUUCUAGUGGAUCAGUUUACUCCCGAAGUGGAUGAGAUCUUUGCUGCUGGACAGGUCAAGUACUUUGAUCAGCCUUUGGGAGUGAUCGCUGCUCUCACCCACGAUACAGCUGUCUAUGCCGCCACGUUGGUGGUGGUCACAUACACCAGGGAUCAGCGAAAGAUCUACACGACUAUGAAUCAAGUGCUAGAAGAAAAGCAAACCGAUAGGAUAGUGACCUUGAAAAAGGAAGCAGUUGAGCCUCUGAAGUUACCUCCUCUUGCCCCUGGUGAUGUCCUUGGAAGGGGGAUUCUAGAAUUGGAAUCGCAAUACCAUUUCACCAUGGAACCCCAAACGACAAUAGUCGUGCCUUUGGAUAACAUCCUGCAGGUAUACUGUGCCAGCCAGUGGAUGGAUGCCACCCAAGGAGCAAUCGCCCACAUGCUGCGGGUGAGUGUGAACUCCAUUCAGCUCCAAGUUCGAAGAGUGGGUGGAGCUUAUGGCGCCAAGGUCACAAGGUGCAAUAUAGUGGCCUGCGCUGCCGCCUUGGUGGCUUCUAAGCUAAGAAGACCUGCCAGAUUUGUGCAGACUAUCGAAUCCAUGAUGGAGACUCUUGGAAAGCGCUGGGCCUGCAGAUCGGACUAUGAGUUUCGAGCCCGCGCCAAUGGAUCUAUCAUCAUGCUGACCAACAAUUACUAUGAGGAUGCCGGCUGUAAUCUAAAUGAGAAUGUUGUGGACUUCCUUACUCUGCCAAUCCUGAGAAAUGUGUACAACCUAACCGACUCGAACUACAGGACCCGAGGCAGUGCCAUCAGAACAGAUGCGCCCAGCUCGACUUGGUGUCGUGCUCCUGGUUCAGCGGAGGGAAUCGCCAUGACGGAGACCGCCCUGGAGCACAUAGCCUUUACAUGUCAGCUAGAUCCUGCCGAUGUUCGCUUGGUUAAUCUACAGCCAGGAUCCAAAAUGGUUCAGCUACUCCCAAAGUUCAUAGCCUCCACGGAGUACCGUAAACGGCGGGAGCAGAUAAACUUAUUCAAUGCCCAGAACCGAUGGCGAAAACGAGGGCUAGGAAUGGCUCUAAUGAGUUUCCCGCUGAACACGACUGUGGCCUUUAACUAUCCCGUCACGGUGGCUAUUUACCAUGAGGACGGAUCGGUGGUGAUAUCACAUGGAGGUAUAGAGAUUGGUCAGGGAGUGAACACCAAGGCAGCACAGGUUGCUGCGUUCGUUUUAGGGGUUCCUCUAGAUCAAGUACGAGUGGAGGCCAGCAACACAGUCAGUGGAGCUAAUGCCAUGUUGACGGCCAACUCGAUGACCAGUGAAAUGAUCGGACUGGCAGUGCGAAAGGCAUGCGACACACUGAACCAGCGACUGGCGCCGGUGAAGGAAAGACUCGGACCUCGGGCCACUUGGGUGCAGGUGCUCCAAGCCGCCUUCUUACAAUCCGUCUUCCUUGUCGCCACGGAAGCGUAUAAGUUGGGGGAUAUUCCAAACUACAACAUCUUCGGGCUGAGUCUCACGGAAAUUGAACUGGACAUUCUAACGGGCAACCAUCUAAUCCGCCGUGUGGACAUCUUGGAGGAUGCCGGAGAAAGCCUAAGUCCAAACAUCGAUGUGGGUCAAGUGGAGGGAGCCUUUGUGAUGGGUCUGGGCUAUUAUCUCACCGAGUCGCUGGUCUACGACCGCCAGACAGGACAGAUUCUAACGAACCGCACCUGGAACUAUCAUCCACCCGGGGCCAAGGAUAUACCAAUAGACUUUCGUAUCCAAUUGCUACAGAAGAGUCCUAAUCCUGUGGGCUUUAUGCGAUCGAAGGCUACUGGGGAGCCAGCUUUGUGCCUGGCUGUUGGAGUUCUGUUCGCCAUGCAGCAUGCGAUACAGUCUGCUAGGAAAGAUGCUGGACUUCCAAGGGAGUGGGUACGAUUGGGAGCACCUACCACGCCGGAGACAGUUGUUCUGAACUCCGGCACCCAGGUUGAGGCCUUCACCUUGCAAUAA